AGUUAGUAAUUAUCAGAUAAAGAUAAUUAAUUAAGAGAUUAAGAAAAAAGAAAGAAGAGAGAAAUUAAGAAAUAAAAAUGGCCCCAACAUCAGAAUUUGUGACACCCUCAACACUAGCCAAAGAGAGCACACUUAAAGAUGGUUACAUUAUAGAUGAGAGGGAUAAGGCUAAGGUGGCUCAUAAUGAGUUUAGCGACGAUAUUCCGGUAAUCUCGCUAGCCGGAAUCGAUAGCGGUAGAAGAGAUGAGAUACUUAAGAAGGUGGUGAAGGCAUGUGAGGAAUGGGGGAUAUUCCAAUUGGUAGAUCAUGACAUUGAUAUUGAGCUUAUCAAUGAGAUGACUAAGUUUACUAAGGAGUUUUUUGCACUUCCUGAUGAAGAAAAGCUCAAGUUUGAAAUGUCUCCUGGUAAACAUAAGGGUGGCUUCCUUAUCUCUAGUCACCUCAAGGGGGAAGCAGUGGCAAAUUGGCGUGAGCUAGUCCUGUUCUUCACAUACCCGGUACAAGGGAGAGACUACUCAAGAUGGCCCAACAAACCUGAGGAAUGGAAGGCCAAGGUUGAAGCCUAUGGUGAAAAAAUGAUGAACUUGUCUUGCAAGAUGUUCGAGCUGUUGUCUGAAGGUUUGGGUUUAGAAAAGGAUGCCUUUGCAAAGUCCAUGGGUGACCUUAACCAGCAUUUGGUGGUUAACCAUUACCCUAAAUGCCCACAACCUGAUCUAGCCGUUGGGCUCAAACGACACACUGAUCCAAGCUCAAUUACUUUACUCCUUCAAGACCAUGUUGGUGGUUUGCAAGCAACAAAAGAUGGUGGCAAAACUUGGGUCACCGUUCGUCCUAUCAAAAACGCUUUGGUCCUUAAUCUUGGGGACCAUGCCUACUUCAUGAGCAAUGGGCGAUUCAAGAGUGCCGAUCAUCAAGCAAUAGUAAACGCGGAGGAGACAAGAACGUCGAUAGCGGUGUUUAUGAAUCCAGCACAAGAUGCAAAGGUGUAUCCAUUAAACUUAAAAGACGGUGAGAAGUCAUCAUUGUUAGAAGAACCCAUCACAUAUGCUGAAAUGAAUAACAGGCACAAGACCAAGUACCUUGAAAUUGUCAGGCUUAAGAAGGUUGCUAAGGAACAAAAUUGGUCUCAUCAAGAGCUUGAUCUCAAGCUUAGCCAGCUUUAACUCAUUUAAUCAAUCCUAAAAUCUAAUUUGCAUUUAUAUAAUGUGUAAUAAUCUCUAAAAUAUCAUCUAUUUUUGUGUGUGUGUGUUUGUUUCGUUUUCAAAUAUCAGAAAUAAAUUGUAUGCAUCGCCAAAUAAA